GACCACGCGCACAAAUUAGAGGGAAGUCUCCUCGUCGGCUCGUUCGCUCCUCUCGUCUCGUCUCCGCCUUCCCCACGAGUCGCACAGGGCCAACCAAUCUCCUGUCUCGCUUCACCGCGCUUUUAAAUCCAGAGAUUUUUUUUUUGUCGGCGUCCUCCUCCGCCCCCUCGACCGCAGCCGCCCUCGCUGCUCCGGUGCCCCCGCCGCUGCUCCCGCCGUCCGGCGAUGGAUCGUGAGGAAGGUAAAUCAGCGCCGGCGCAGAGCCCGCCGAAUUUGGGACCAAUUCUGGCUAAUCUGCGGCCUGGUUGCCAUUGGUGUGCAGUGACCGAGUUCCUGGGGCAGGUGCCCCUCCUGCAGUGCCUCCCGGGCUCCUCCAUCCGCAGGAUCGCCGACGCCGUCCAGGUCAAGCGCUACGAACCUGGUGAUUAUGUCGCCCGUGAAGGUGAACCUGUAGAUGGCCUUUACAUCAUUUUGGAUGGUCAGGCUGAAGUUUCUGCACCUGCGAAUGCAGAAGAAGCAAACCGCCCAGACUAUGUGUUAAAUAAGUAUGACUACUUUGGUUACGGAACCAAUAGUUCCGAUCAUCAAGUAAAUGUUGUCGCACUAUCUAAGCUGACCUGCUUCAUAUUGCCCAAUCAAUAUGGACAUUUGUUACAACCAAAAACUAUUUGGAAUGCUGAGGAUACACCUGAACAUUCUUUGCUGGAACAAAUUUUGCACUUAGAACCAUUAGAGGUCGAUAUCUUCCGUGGGUUUACUUUACCAGAAGCUCCAACUUUUAGGCAAGUUUUUGGAGGACAAUUGAUUGGACAGGCACUAGCCGCAGCAUCCAAGACUGUUGAUUGUCUAAAAAUGGUGCAUAGUUUGCAUGCGAUUUUUCUUAUUGCUGGAGACAAUAACAUGCCAAUAAUAUAUCAAGUUCAUCGGGCACGUGAUGGAUCCAGCUUUGCAACCAGAAAAGUGGAGGCAAAGCAGAAAGGCCUAGUUAUAUUCACUUUGAUUGCUUCUUUCCAGAAGGAAGAAGUAGGUUUUCAGCAUCAGGCUGCAACCAUGCCUAAUGUUCCUCCUCCAGAACAGCUCCUUAAUCUGGAGGAGAUACGAGAAAGACGGCUUACUGACCCACGCUUCCCAUCGCAAUAUAGGAACUUGGCAGCUAAAAAGAAGUUCACGCCUUGGCCCAUAGAAAUGAGAUUCUGUGAAGAUUCAGCGUCUCAAUAUAAACCAAGCUUAAAUUACUGGUUUAGAGCUCGAGGAAAGCUUUCAGACGAUCAAGCUCUGCAUAGGUGUGUUGUAGCAUAUGCUUCGGAUCUACUAUAUUCUGGUGUCAGCCUGAAUCCUCAUCGGGAGAAGGGGUUGAAGACAUACUCACUCAGUCUCGAUCAUUCGAUCUGGUUCCACAAGCCUGUGAAGGCUGAUGACUGGUUACUGUACGUGAUCGAGAGCCCAUCCGCGCAUGGUGGCAGGGGUUUCGUCACCGGGCGCAUGUUCAACCGGCAAGGAGAGCUUAUCAUGUCGCUGACCCAAGAGGCGCUGAUUAGGAGGGAGAAGACACGAGGACCAAACCCGAGGCCAAAGCUUUGAAAGGUGCAGAAGAGUCUGUAGUAGCCUCUUCUCUUUCAAUUUGGUUUAGAUAUUUACGAAUUUCUUGCGCGAAAAUGUACAAUGUUAGGCGGUAUAUAGAAGGAAAAAGGUGAUACCGAUUGUUAUGAGCUGGAUAUUUGUAGCUUCUCGAAGUGUAAACAGGCCUAAUUGAAUAUGAGUGAGGGUUGGGAAAAUAAUGUCACUUGGCUUC